CCCUCUCUUUCAUAACGUUGAGCAAAGUCGUUGGUUGAAAUUUGAAGGAAGCCGGUGGUUGGGUUAUGUUUUAUAAUAUUUACCCUAUUUGCGCUUAUAAAAACGCUGGUUAUUCUAGGUUCUUCCGAUACGAGCGUCAAUAAUAAUAAAAUUAAGAGAUGGAGCUCACGGACGAUAAUCUUCUAACGUUGAGCGAAUAUUUGAAGCAAACUUUAAAUCCUGAUGUAAGCGUUCGGCGACCCGCUGAAAAAUUUCUGGAGUCUGUCGAAGUCAACCAGAAUUAUCCGCUGCUCCUACUUCAUCUAGUGGACAAGCCAGGGGUUGAUCUUGUGAUUAGAAUCGCCGGAGCAGUUGCUUUCAAGAAUUACAUAAAACGAAACUGGAAAAUUGAUGAAGACAUGGGAGAUCGUAUCCACGCACAAGAUCGAACCGCAGUCAAGAGAUUGAUAGUUAAUUUGAUGCUUCAUUCUCCAGAGUCGAUUCAAAAACAGCUAUCCCAUGCUAUCUCGAUAAUCGGGAAGCAUGACUUCCCAGAAAAAUGGCCAGAACUGAUCGAUCAGAUGGUGGAAAAAUUCAACACAGGAGAUUUCCAUGUUAUAAAUGGUGUUCUUCACACAGCUUACUCUCUCUUUAAAAGAUAUCGUUAUGAGUUUAAGAGCCAAGCACUUUGGACUGAAAUCAAAUUCGUUCUUGACCAGUUCGCCAAGCCCAUGACUGAACUUUUUUUGGCUACCAUGAACUUGACCCAGGUUCACGCUAAUAAUGUGGAGGCAUUAAAAAUUAUAUACAACUCCCUAGUAAUAUUAUGCAAAGUUUUCUACGCCCUCAACUACCAAGAUUUACCAGAGUUUUUCGAAGACAACAUGGCUGCUUGGAUGACAAACUUCCACAUGCUACUUACCGUUGAUGUUCCAUCUCUAAAAACAGAGGAUGACGAAGAGGCUGGAGUGAUUGAACAACUAAAGUCUCAGGUGUGCGACAAUGUUGCCUUAUAUGCACGGAACUACGAAGAGGAUUUCAAAAAUUAUCUACCUCAGUUUGUUACUGCGAUCUGGGGUCUCCUCACAUCUACCGGACAGCAGCCCAAAUUUGAUUCGCUGGUAUCAAACGCACUACAAUUUUUGGCGUCCGUAGCUUCUUGUGCACAGUACAGACACCUCUUCGAAGAUCGUACCACGCUGGGAAGCAUAUGUGAAAAAGUUAUUAUACCUAACAUGGAGUUUAGAGAAUCAGACAACGAAUUAUUUGAAGAUAACCCGGAAGAAUAUAUUCGUCGCGACAUCGAAGGUAGCGAUGUGUGUACACGACGGCGAGCCGCUUGUGACCUCGUGAAGGUCCUGUCGAAAUAUUUUGAAGCGGAAAUCGUGGAGAUCUUUGGAUCUUAUAUUCAGAUGAUGCUGCAAAAUUACGUCGCAAAUCCAAAAGAAAAUUGGCGUAGCAAAGAUGCAGCUUUAUACUUGGUUACAAGUAGUGACAGUAAACGACAGACUCAGACUCAUGGGGUGACGCGGACCACAGGUUUGGUCUCGCUUCCUGAUUUUGCGAAACAGCAUAUAGAACCGGAAUUGGCAAAGCCAGAUGUUAACGAACUUCCUGUCCUGAAGGCGGACGCUAUUAAAUUUGUCAUGAUGUUCAGGCCAGUUUUGCCUAAAGAAUUAGUUAUCGGUAGCCUGCCACACAUGGUCAGGCAUCUCGCUGCCUCCAGCCCUGUUGUCCAUAGCUACGCCGCAUGCGCUAUUGAAAAGAUACUAGUGCAUAAAGAAAGUACCGGGGUUCUUUUAGUCAAAGGAGAAAUGCUCGGGUCUAUGGCUACGGAGUUGUUGACAGGGUUAUUCGGUCUUCUGGAAACGCAGGGGUCGGAGGAGAAUGAAUAUGCCAUGAAAGCGGUGAUGCGAACCUUUUUUAUUCUGCAGGAACGAGUCGUACCAUUUCUGGGUGACUUACUGCCCAAACUCACGGAAAAACUUACGCUCGUAGCUAGAAAUCCCAGGCGACCAAAUUUUAAUCAUUACCUCUUCGAAACGAUCAGUUUAUCCAUCAAAAUUGUAUGUAAGACGAAUCCAGCAGCUGUUGCCUCUUUUGAGCAGGCGCUAUUUCCUAUAUUCCAAGGAAUUUUACAGCAAGAUAUUCAGGAAUUCAUUCCAUACGUUUUUCAAAUUCUCUCGCUGCUACUAGAGAUACACACGGCGCAGGAUAUUCCAGAACCGUACAUGGCUUUGUUCCCUUGUUUGUUGGCCCCUGUGCUCUUCGAAAGCCGAGCCAAUAUUCACCCUCUGAAUCAAUUGCUGCAGGCGUUCGUCAAUCACGGACCUCACCAAAUUAUUGCACAGGGAAAAAUUAGCGGGCUCCUGGGGGUUUUCCAAAAACUGAUAGCCUCUAAAUUCAAUGACGUCGAAGGAUUCUAUCUGAUGCAAGCUAUAAUCGAACACUUUCCUCCCAACACGUUGGAGCCGUAUAUAAAACAAGUAUUCGUCCUUCUUUUCCAAAGACUCACAUCUUCAAGAACGACCAAAUAUGUGAAGGGACUGAUAGUCUUCUUCUCCUUCUACGCAAUUAAAUACGGCGCGAGUAGUUUAAUCUCAAUAAUUGACCAAAUUCAACCACAGAUGUUUGGUAUGGUCAUAGAUCGCGUGGUGAUCGCAGAUCUGCGGAAAGUAUCCGGAGAAGUAGAGAGAAAAAUAGCAGCGGUGGGAAUAUCGAAUCUGUUAACAGAUUGCCCAGAGAUGUUGAGUAGUCCUUACAACUCUUAUUACCCGCGCCUCUUAGCUACUCUCAUAGAAUUUUUCGAACUACCUCAAGACGAAACGGUGUUAGCGGAAGAUCAAAUGUUCCCAGAUGUUGACGAGGCUCCUAGUUUCCAGGCAAAUUACAGCCAACUGAUGUACGCAGGAAAUCCCAAAAAGGAUCCGUUGCAAAGUAUCGGUGAUGUAAGACUUUACCUGGCGCAAGGUCUUGGUAAAUUAUCUCCAGGUCAACUUCCCGGUUUAUUGGGCCAGAUUCCAGAACCAAACGCGAACCACCUCAGAAGUUAUUUGCAGACAGCGGGCAUCGGAGUGGCAUAAUACGAACCGGACGUCCGAAAUACUCUCAAGAUUCACCUCAUGGCUCGUAGCCUGAAUAACAUUGAGCUUACCAGAUUAUAAAUCGUUAAUAUGAUGAGAUUGAACGACUCCAAUCAUCAUUGCCAUCGGUAUCAGCAUAUCUUCAUCGAAUAGCACACUCGUCUCAACUGCUUUUCCCUAUGAUUAUUGCCUUAUAAAAUUUUUCACCGAAGCGACUGUAAUUCAUAAGUAAUUGUGUUCGGAUGAUACUCCUGUGGCACGUAUGUUCCAAUUUGUCCCUAAAUAAAAGAGGAGAUAUCAUGUCGAAUUGUGAAUUGAAACAGAGAUAUUCUGUCAAUGUAACCUAAAUGUAAAAAAAAGAGUUGCGAUUUAUUUCAGUAAAAGGUUCUAUUUACGUUUUUUUUUUUUUUUUUUUUUCUAUAAUAAAGAAGAUUU